UGAAGUUGUCUAGGAAGUCAGGAAACAGUUAUCUCAAAUAAUGCAGAAGAUAGUGAAAGGGUCCUUAGACGUACGAACAAAUGGACGACGGAAAGAAAGCUAAGAGGAUGAUAGGAACUUAAGGAAGUGUUUGUGCAUGGCCUAUGCAAACCAGCUUGCUGAGAGAAUGAUGCGUCACAAUGGUUUCUGGACUCUUGGUUUUAAGCCCCAACUGGUUCAGAUGCAUCCGUCCUCUGUGUUGAAAACAGAUGAAGAGGGAAUGCUCCCGAAUUAUGUCGUCUACCAUGAACUUAUUUCUACCUCGCGUCCAUUUCUGCGGGAUCUGUGCACGGUAGAGAGGCAAUGGGUCAUGCCCAUCUUAAAGAAGCUUGAGAAACUAAACAUCAACAAACUCAGUGGUGGGUCUGUUCGGUCCGAAGAGCAAACCAAGGGAGAAAAUCCGAGUUUGCCAGAGAAAGAAGUCGGUGUUGCCAGGCCUCCUGAUGACUAUGAGAGCCGGAUACAAGCAGCACGGGAUCGUUUUCUCUCCCGUAAAACAAAAAGCUCCGUCAAUCUCAAAGCUGGCCCUGCUGCCUGUUCUGAUAUAGAGAGAAAAGCCAUGGACAUGACAAUCAGUCACAGCACACAGACAAGUAGCUUCCCCUGCCAGCCUGCCCAGGCUACACGGUCUGCACCGGUUGUUGUAUCUGGGGCACCAACUGGACUUGCUUCAUUUCAAUCAAUGGUGAUUGGAUUUGUGGGUGUUUGCAUUUUGUUCUUUGUCACCUUCAACGAGUUUAUCUGA